GGAGAGUUACGUGAGAGGGGCGGUGCGGGAGAGAGGUCACGUGGUGUCAGAGCGGAGGCGCCGCAGAGUUCUACUUUGUAAAUACUGUUUUUUUUUUGUAUAUACUGUAAAUGAUGACCUCGGUGGCCACAAAUCGUGCCCGGGGCAACUGGGAACAGACAUCAACACAGAACCAGACGCAGCACAAGCAAAGGCCACAGGCUACUGCAGAACAGAUUCGACUUGCACAGAUGAUUUCUGAUCACAAUGAUGCAGACUUUGAGGAGAAAGUGAAACAAUUGAUUGACAUAACAGGGAAAAAUCAGGACGAAUGUGUGAUCGCACUGCAUGACUGCAAUGGAGAUAUUAACAGAGCAAUCAAUGUCCUGCUUGAAGGGAACCCAGACACGCACUCAUGGGAGAUGGUGGGAAAGAAGAAGGGAGUAUCUGGACAGAAGGAAGUAGGUCAGACUGAACCCAGCGAAGAGAACAGAGAAAACAGAGACAGAGAGAGAGAUUUUAGCAGAAGGCGUGGAGGGACACCCAGGAGAGGGCGAGGGGGCAGCCGUGGGAGAGAGUUCCGGGCGCAGGAGAAUGGUUUGGAAGGUGGUAAGACUGGAGGGUCGUCGGGCAGAGGAACUGAACGGGGGCGCCGUGGACGUGGAAGAGGCAGAGGGGGCUCUGGAAGAAGAGGUGGACGGUUUUCUGCACAGGGCAUGGGGACCUUUAACCCUGCAGACUAUGUAGAGCCAUCCAGCACAGAUGACGGCUAUGGGAACAGCAGCACAUGGAACAACACAGCCACUUUUGAGCCUGAUGAUGGAACGAGACUUGAUUACAUUGGGGGUGAAGGGUCAAAUUAUCCCCGAAAAUUUUCCACUGCUCCUGGUAUGACAGAUCCAGGUGCAUGGAGGACUGCAACAGAAGAGUGGGGAACCGAGGACUGGAAUGAAGAUCUUUCAGAGACUAAAAUUUUUACUGCUUCCAGUGUAUCUGCGGUGCCUCUUCCUUCUGAAAGUGUAACGAUCACAGCAGGGCAAAGGAUUGACUUGGCUGUACUGUUGGGAAAGAGCCCUUCAUCCUUAGAGAAUGAGACAUCCAGCUUAGACUCUUCUCAAAAUGCUUCUCUCUCACAGCCGCUAGUGUUUAGCAACUCUAAACAGAGCACUAUCUCUCAGCCCAGUCCUGGAAGCAGCUUCUCCCACCAUAACAUGGUCAGCAUAUUGAGCAAAAGCUUUGGGGAGUCAGAGUCUAAAGGUGGUAGCACCACUGGCUCUCAGUUCCUAGAGCAGUUCAAGACUGCGCAGGCGCUGGCACAGCUAGCUGCUCAACAUUCUCAGUCAGAAGGAAACAACACCACCUGGGAUCUUGGAUCUGCAACACAGCCCCCUUCCCUUGGACAGUACGACCUCAAGAGCUCCUCAGACCCAUUUAGUAAACGUCAGAACUUUCCCCCGGCUUCCACCAUGAUGGAAGUAUACAUGCAGGAGAAGAUGCCAGUGGUCACUACUGCUUCAGCUGUGCCAGUCUGCCCAUCUUCUCCUUUACCAGGCAAGACCAACUCUGCUCCCCAAAUGUCCCCAGGAUCCUCUGAAAAUCAGUCUGGCAGCCCCCAGCCUGCUCAUCAGAAGAUAAAACAGCAAAAAAAGAAGGCUUCCCUGACAUCAAAGAUACCUGCUCUAGCCGUUGAGAUGCCUGGCUCCUCUGACAUCACUGGGCUAAACCUGCAGUUUGGGGCUUUGCAGUUUGGUUCUGAGCCUGUCUUGCCAGAGUAUGAAUCCUUACCCACCACCAAUGCAUCUGUGAAUCAAUCCCAGAACAGCCUGUACACAAGCCCUGCAAGUGAGACCUCAAGCUCUGUAGUAACCAACCAGAGCCCAGAGACCGUGUACCCGGGCAGCAGUAUACAAACCGCAACAUUUACCUCUCAGAGCAGUGCUCCAGGCCCCCUGUACGAGCAGCGGUCCACACAGACCCGGCGGUAUCCCAACCCAAUUUCCUCCUCUCCACAGAAAGAUCUCAGUCAAGCUAAAAAUGGCUUUGGUUCUGUGCAACCCUCUACGAUGCAGGCUUCUGUUGCAGUGGAUGUUCCCUCUGUACCUGCGGUAAAAGCAGAUUCGCCAUCAGCUCCCAUCGUAGUACCUCUUAAUGACCCAGUGUCUGCGUCCUCUAUAUUGACCACUGCAGCCCCCCAUUCCUCACAGCUUAGCAGUCUGGGUCACACAGAGGAGCUGCAGAACACAGCCGCGUCCACACAGCUCAGCAGCAGUACGUUAACAUCACAGCAUCAAGCGCCAACAUCUUCUGCAUCAAGAACUUCUGUGGCAACUACGCCUCUGCACACCAGUGUGGAGAAUGAGACUGGCCUCCACUCAUCUGUUGCUACCUUCUCCACGGCCUCCAGCACAGUCCCCAACCCUCCUCCUGCCUCCGCCCCCUCCAGCCUGAAUGUCAGCAGCCUUGGACUGGGGCUAAGCAGUAGCUCAACCAUCGUCCCGUCAACACGUAGCUCUAUUGCAACCUCAUCAGGUAAAGCGCCCCCAAAUCUUCCCCCAGGUGUCCCCCCGUUGUUACCAAAUCCAUACAUCAUGGCUCCUGGUCUGUUACAUGCAUAUCCUCCUCAAGUUUACGGCUAUGAAGACCUUCAGAUGCUGCAAACAAGGUUCCCAUUGGAUUAUUAUAGCAUACCCUUUCCCACACCAAACACUCCUCUGACUGGAAGGGACACCAGCCUAACGAGUAACCCUUACUCAGGUGACCUUGCCAAAUUUGGCCGUGCAGAUGCAUCCUCCCCAGCUCCAGCAACAACAUUGGCACAGCCACAGCAGAGUCAGACCCAGGGGCAUCACACUGCGCAGCAAACAUUCCUCAACCCAGGCCUGCCUCCAGGGUACAGCUACACCAGCCUGCCCUACUACACCGGGGUUCCAGGGCUCCCCAGCACUUUCCAGUACGGUCCCGCCGUGUUCCCAGUGGCUCCUACCUCUUCCAAGCAGCACGGGGUGAAUGUUGGGGUCAACACAUCAGCCGCUGCUUUUCAGCAAGCUCCUGCCUACGGCUCCCAUGGAUACAGUGCUGGUGUGUCAGUCACCUCAAGUAACACCGGAGUCCCCGAUAUCUCUGGGUCUGUCUAUUCUAAAACACAGCAAUCUUUCGAGAAGCAGGGAUUCCACACCGGUACCCCAGCCACUUCCUUUAACCUCCCCUCAGCCCUAGGAAGUGGUGGACCCAUAAACCCAGCCACAGCAGCAGCUUAUCCCCCAGCUCCCUUCAUGCACAUUUUGGCCCCUCACCAGCAGCCUCACUCGCAGAUCCUACACCAUCAUCUCCAACAGGACGCUCAGCUGCCACAUUUGCAGAUAUUGUGUUACCAACUGCUGCAAGAUGAUCAGAGUGGUGCUGGUCAGCGGAACCAAGGACCCUCCAUGCCACAGAAGUCUCAGGCCAACAAAUCGGCGUACAGCAGCUACAGUUGGGGAACCAACUAACAGCAGGCUAUGCCACCCACAAUUGGGUGUAGGACAAAGGCACGACAGGAGCAGCACAUACGUCAAGAAUAUCCUCUCUCCCCUGCCCCACAGAGCCUUACUGGCUCUAUCCAUCCUUAUUGUUAUAUGUAAUAUAGAAUUUGUAUUUUUUCUCCCAAUUUUCUGCAGUCGGAUUUUGAAAAGCUCGCUAUUUAAAGAGAGUGCUGGUUUAUUUUUUUGUUAUCCUAUUUUUUUUUCUUUUUCUUUUCCUUCCUUAUCUCUUUUUCAGAGGUAAGAGAAGAGAAAGGGCCAGCUCUCUCUUGUGAGCAGUCUCUGUAUACCUAGGAUGGAUUGCUACGAAAUUUGCAUUGUAUGCUGAAUUAGUUGACGUGUUUUUUGUACUGUGUUAUAAAUUUAAUGGAUUAAUGUGUCUUGUAUAUAUAAAAGAAAAACACAGCUGCAUUUCUGAAUGGCCUCAAAUUUAUUUAUAUUUGCGUUUUAGUAACUAUUAAACUUUUUUUUCUGUCUCUGUAA